UUGGACUUAGCUCUCGUCUUUGAACUUCUAUUACUGUUCCUAUUCCUAUGACCAAAGACCGGUCUCAAUGAGGAAAAUCCACUCGGCAUUUCUUUGGUCAAACUUCCUCUCUCUUUUUAUACAUUCAAAUUUUGCACAUUCCUUAAAUACCAGACUCCCUCCUUCCUCAGCCUUUCAUCUUUCUUUGUUCAUCUUCAAAGUUUCAGCCUUUAUUGCAUUCUUUUAUCACUUUCAGUUUCUGUUUUGUCUGUUUGUCUUAAACUAUUAUUUUGGAUCUCUUCAAGAAACCCGUAUACAAAAACAAAAAAACCUUUUUUUAAUCAGUGCCCAAGUUUUGCAGCUAAGCAAAAGCAGCCUCUUUUUUUACCAUAAAUUCUCAAAAAACAAACUCAUAUUUUGGCUUACCUUCCAUAUGCUCAAUAUUCUAGCUUCCUCAUUAUAUUGGCUCUUUGUCUAGUAGCACGUUUUUGGCGUAAGAUUGAUUUAUUCCAGUUUCUCAUGCUUCUUCUUCCUAACAUAUAUAAGCAACCAGUACUUCUAGCAAUUUGAACAAAAGCAGCUUAUUAGCACUAUAGGCUGUAUUUGCUCAAACAUUGUCUAUAUCCUUAUAUUUUUGUGUGGUUUAUAAAUGGAUAACAUGGGAGACUGGGAGCAAAAGAAUCUCAUAAGUGAGCUAGCACAAGGCUUGGAGCUAGCUAGGCAGCUCCAAAUCCAUCUCAAUGUGCCAUCUUCAUCACAUGAGGCUCGUGAAUUCUUAGUCGAACAGAUCUUAUCUUCUUAUGAAAAGGCACUUUCAAUGCUCAAUUUGAGCAGCUCGGUUAGUGAGCCACAAGCCAUAGGAGGUGCAAUUCGAAUGUCCGAAUCUCCACCUUCUCUAACGGGGAGUCCACGAAGUGAGGAUUCAGAUCGAGAACUCAAGGAUCAGGAGCAAAGAGAUGCCUCCAGAAAGAGAAAGACCUUGCCAAGAUGGACACGACAAGUAAGAGUUAACCCUGGGGUGGGACUUGAAGGACCUCUUGAUGAUGGCUUUAGUUGGAGGAAAUAUGGGCAGAAAGACAUUCUUGGAGCCAAAUAUCCCAGAGGCUACUAUAGAUGCACACAUCGAAAUGUCCAAGGUUGUUUGGCUACAAAGCAAGUUCAAAGAUCCGAUGAAGACCCAAAUGUGUUUGAAGUCACAUACCGAGGAAGGCACACAUGUGCUCAAGCCUCAGCCACCCACACAGUUCCUGCUCCAGCAUCACCUGAGAAGCAUGAACCAAUCAACAGCGUGAACCCUCCUCAGCUUCAAAGCCUCCAACCACAGCAAGCUCAGCAACUAUCCCAAGAAAUGCUCUUGAACUUCAGGGAAGCCCUCAAAGUCCAAACUGAAAACUUAGACAAUGCUCACCAAUACCAGCAACCAUUAUUUCCUUCGUUUGGUUUCCCUGCUGCUGCUUCUACAUCGAACGUCAAGGUUGAAAACCAAGUGUUCCCGAACUCCCUGAUCGAUAACAAUUUUGAGGGAAGUUUUUCUCCUUCAUUCAUGUCUCCUGCAACAUCUGGAACUAACUAUUUCACUGUGUCUCCAACUGGGGUGAAUAGCUUUGGAUCAGUGCACCAGAAUUUGCAGACUUCUGAGUCUGCUGCAACUUCAACUAAAAACUCUCCAACCGCUGCUUUGGAUUUUCCAUUUGAUCAGGAUUUUGACCCCAACUUCACAUUUGGGAGCUCCGGAUUCUUUCCUUGACUGCAUGCUUCACUAAAAGAGCGAAGCUUGUCUACAUACAAGUGGUGAGGUCUCCUAGAAAGAGAAGGAACUUUUGCAUCUUACAUAUGUGUCGUAUUUGUCAUAAUAAGCGGGUUGUGGGGCAAAAGUUUUUUUUUUUUUUUUUUUUUUUUUUUUUUUUU